CGGGCCCUAAACAGCCUGCUGAGCCGGUAAUGUGUUUUAGCCCGCCCGGCUGGGCCUUUUGACUGACUUCACAUCCACAUAAGGUCCCCCUGAUACUGGUACAAGUCGACCGUUGGCCAAUCUAUGAAAACUACGACCGCCCUGUUGACUUUCACAGCCACUUCUCAAACCCACCUAAACUCUUGUCAAUGCCCGGUUCCAGAUACAUAGGUAUCAUGCGCUUCAAUGAUACACACCCGGAAACGUUUGAGGCGCUUGAAAGAUGGAUCGCAACCCACGUCGUUAUGAGGUUCGAAGACAACACCAGCCUUCCUGAUGGCACGACUUUUCGAGACUUGGGAACGUCAUCAGCGCCGGUCAUAGAUGAGCUCAUUCACAUGCGAACAACAUUCUUCCACUUAUUCAAGUUUGCGCAUACAUAUGGCAAUUUGGGGUUGAGGAGGGAUGUCAUGAUCUCACUCCAACAACUCGACAUCCUGUUUUCGCGGCAUGACAAGGAUAUCUCGCCUUUCUUGGAGUACGCGUACCCCAAAUUACCGCAUAGUUGCCGCCUGAUUCAGUAUCUACUCUGGACAGCCGCGGCUGAAUUCCAUAGGAAUCCGGACCACAGCUCAAGGCAAACCCAACUCUUUCACUAUCAAACGAUAAGCAAAGAGCUGCAUAAAGAUUUCAUGGCGACCCUGGGUACCUUCCAGGGCAAGCUUCUGAAAGAAGAAUUUCGGGUUCGCUUGGGCUGCUUACGCUGCGUGGUUGCGUGGGAGUUAGGCGAGGAUGAUGCUUGCAGGUUCCACGAGCAUGAAAAUAAUCAGGAGCGAGCUCAGUGUGUUUUGUACUAUGCCUCAUAGAAAUUCAUACACUCGUUUACCACUGUGUGAGGAACUCCAUAGCCUUUUCAGCGAUCCAAACAAGAGAGAAGCUCGGUGUUUUAGACAAUCAGUAAACUCGUGAGGCUACUUCAGACAGCGCCAACACGGUGUACGCAGAUUGGAAGUGUAUCCGCUGCCCCC